GCUUUCCAGGUUUUUUUCUUUCGGUAAAGAUCUUCCUCUUCGUCGGCUUCAUCCACCACUUCUUCUUCCCCACUGGCAGCCUCUUCCGAAUGAUGAUUGCCCAAAGACGAGUGGUUUCGGAUGCGGCUAAUCUCGAUAUCAGAUGUCCACCACGUGUUUGACUUCCGCCAGCCAACAAAAUCUCAACGUACCAGUUAUAUCUAGUGCCUCUCAAAAAGGCAUUCAACAAAAGCAGCAAGGGAAGGCAUUUUUAACACCGACAUUGCGAACUAGUCAUUCACCCUCGUAUGUUUUACCCCACUCGAGUCGGAAAAUUCAAAGUGCUUCGGUCGACAGAAAUAAACUUCAGUUGCCGUCGUUUGUGUUUGCUCAACAGCAUAAUCGAAAUACAAGUCCUUCAUCUCCUCGCAACAUUCAAGACAGAUUAAUUCCAUGUCGUUCCCAAACGGAUAUGCAAUUGGCCCAACAUCUUUUGUCGCCAAUGUCUCAUCGUCCUGGCGGUGUAGGUGAAAAUGAUACUGAGCAACAAGACAGCUGUCGUCAAGUCACGCGAAUUCUGAAUUUCGGAAAUAAAACUACGAAAGCGAAACCACUAAGUCUUGUUACGGCCUCUUUAGCUUAUGGCACGAACGUUCAUGCCAAAUCGAAAUUUAAAAUCCCCACGAAACCUGAUCGAGUUAUGGCUGCCCCAGGGACUUUUCUCGAAUGUGGUUUCCAAAGCGCACAUUGGGCGCCAUCGGCAAAUUUGGUUGUGGCCUUAGAAACGGGCGUUUACGUAUGUAAAAUUAACGAGGACUGUAACGUGUCCGAGAUUCGCAACAAUACCCAUGAUCCGGAAAACCCAUUCUGUCAUGUUAUCUGGGAUAACAGUGGUGACGCGGUCAUUUGUGGUAAAAUGAGCGGCGAAAUUCAAAUCUACGAUGUUCGCAGUCUCUUUUGUCGAAAUAAGUGGUACCUGACGGCUAAACAAACACUUCGAUCAAUUGCUCUCGAACAAGAACACCUACUCACCUGCGGCACCGUAGGACACGGCGUUCGGAUUUAUGACCUCCGCCAAACUGGUGGAGAGUCCCCUGAACCCAUUUUAUCCCUAAAAUCGCGUUCGAGUGUCAAUUGCCUCUCCUGGUCUACCAACGGCCACCUAUUUGCUGGGGGCUGCGAAUCUGGAUUCACCUGUUUAUGGGAUGUCCGUCGUCCAUCUAAAGAAAUGAUGAUCUUUAAAACGCAGGACAAAAAUCCUGUCCAAGUUGUGAAUUGGUGUUCUUGGAAACCAAGCAUUCUGUUUUGCGGUUCCAGUUUUCCUCGACCUAGCAUCUGCAUUCAAAACACGGCCACAGGAAUGCUAGUGGGCGACUUUGAAUGUGCUUCGGAAAUUUCGGGUAUCCAUUUCAACGCACAGCUGAAACAGGUUGCUUCGUCACACCAUUCCAGUCUUCAAGAUGCGACGGAGAGCCACGCGAUGCACGGAAAAGAAAGCUCAGUUCAGCUGUGGAAAUUCAAUUCUGAUAAACUAAAUCCUAUACUGGAACUAGGCCAGCAUGAAGAAGGUAUUGUCAGCAUGGCCGCAUCCGUCAACAGCAGUCAAUUGGUAACAAUGGGAGUCGAUGAGCUUUUGUGUUUAUGGCACUGGAACGAAACCGCCCAUCAUUCAAACUCGCACAAGGCGGGGUUCCAAACCGCACGUAGUCAAUUGGAUUCAGCCAACCUUAUCCGCUAG